GAGGAAGAGGUGGGGUGGGGGGCAGUGAGGAAUAGGACUGGCAAAAUAAAGGGAAUCAGAUCAACACAGGCUGGCCUAGAGUACGAACGUUCUCAAGUUUGUUUCAAGUUAGUUUUGUAACAAAUGUCAUGAAUUCGCCACUACUGGGAAAUGAUCCUGUGCAGAGAGAAGACGGGGUACAUAAAGGGAAAGGAGACACGGCGGAACAGAAUGGGAGUCCACAGAAGGAAGAGCUGGAAACCCCAAUUUCUGCACAAGUACAAAUUGAGGAUAUGGAACUCCGGGAAGAAUGGCAGGAUGAAGAGUUUCCAAAACCACUUCCUGAAGACAACGAUGCUCUGACAGAGGAUGACCUAAAUGUCAAUGCAGAUGCCAACCGACCUGUGCCGCCAAACUCUCUACAGCUCUGUGGGAAUAAGCACAAGAAACGGCUCCUUGCACCAGCCAUCAGUUUGAACCUGGAAGGUAAUGAGGAGGUGACAUGCUCGGAGGAGAGGACACCAGAUGACUUGGAGGGGGAUUCCUGCGAUAUAAAUGUAGAUGACUUAGAAACUCCUUCUGAUAGUGAAUCCUUUGAGUUGCCGGAGAAUGGUAAUGAAUUUGAAUGGGAAGAUGACCUGCCACGAGUGUAUCGCUCACUAUCUGACACCGAAAGUUUUCAGGGUCAUGUGACAGAUGAAGAGGCGGAGGAUGGAAAACUGUGGAGGGUCUUCCAUAUUGGGGAGCAGGAAUAUCGAGUGGACAUGGCUGCUGUAGAUCCAUACAAGGCAGUCAUUUCUCAUGGAGGUUGCUUUGGUGAGAACCUAACAGCAAUUAUUGUGUUUUCUUCCUGCUAUUUGCCUGAAAGUAGCCAUCCUGACUAUGAGAAUGUAAUGGAAAAUCUAUUUAGGUAUGUUAUUGGAACUCUGGAAUUGUUGGUGGCUGAGGAUUAUAUUAUUGUGUAUCUAAAUGGUGCCACAACACGUAACAGGGUGCCAUCAAUUGGCUGGCUGAAGCAGUGUUACCAGACUAUUGACAGGAGGCUACGCAAGAACCUGAAAUCACUCAUUGUGGUCCAUCCAUCUUGGUUCAUUAAGGUGAUAUUAGCUAUUACUCGGCCUUUUAUAAGUACAAAGUUUAGUAGAAAAGUUCGGUUUGUCAAUAGCCUACAGGAACUUUCAAAACUAAUUCCAAUGGAACAUGUACAUAUCCCAGAAUGCAUUAGAGAGCUGGAUGAAGCAUUAAAUGGAAAUUCAGAAACCUAGAGAGUCUGUUUUUUGUGGAAAUCUACUGGAUUACUUUAUAUCUAAUGUGGAAAGGACAUUUUUAAAAUAAUAAGCACAUGUAAACAAAUAAUGUGUUGGAGAAUCUAUACUGCUUUAAAGAAAACUUCUUUCCAGCGCACUCUUACCUCAUUCUAUAACCAUCGGUAAAGUGGCCAUAGGUGGUGGGUUCAGUUUCUAAUGCCUAUUGUGCUAGCUGAUUAAAACAAAGGCAUUACCGUCAGAUGUGGCAUCUCUGGGUUAGGGAAGAAAUAAUUUUGACUUGGAUUCAUAUUCUGCACUACUAACAAGUAAUUCCUGCUGGAAAAUGCUCAUUUGUGGAACAAGAGCAAGGACAGGAUGGAACUCUUGUGAAGAACCUGAGAAAUAGUGUGUAAAGUUGGUCACAAAGAAUGGUGAAUUGAUCACAAGAAGCAGACGUUGCUAAUGGGUGUAACAAUAGCAGGAGUCUCUUCUACUUUCACUGAACAACACCUGAAGAUAGGAAUAUAGAAAAUACAAACGACAUCAGAGUCAGUACAGAGUGUGCCUUGUAAAAUAUUUGGGACAGUUCCUUGCUGUAUGAACUCAAAGUAGUUGAAUGCUUUUUUUUCUGUUUUAUGAAAAACUUAUUGAGCAGGGGGUUAACAGCGCCCAUCUAAUACAGAUUAAAGCCAGAAGAUGUGUUAAACUUGCUUUUUGGUAACAUAUUCAAGACAUAAUAGAAUAAACUUACAAGUCAGGGAGUGGAUUUCACUUUUUUUGAUGAAUCACAUAUUAAAUUAAAUUGAUAUCUGUAAUCUUUGAUUUUCAUCUAAUACCAAAAUACAAGUGUCUCCCUUUUCAUUGGGGUUUGAAACACUAAUAAUACUUGUAAUGAGAAAUUCCAGUUUUGAGAAUGGAAAAGAUGAGUGGGUUAUUGGCUGAAUGGUAACACUACCAGUACACCAGCCCCUGGAUCCGAAAGUUGAGUCCAAUCUAUCUGUUAGCUCACACUAAAGCAAUAUUUUUUAGUCAGAAAUAUUUGUGUCUUUGUAUACUGUGCCAAGACCAACGUGUUCAUGACAGUAGUGCCAGUAGAGUUGAGAAUCAAACUGGUGGCCUGUACUUUUUUUUAAAGUCCAUAUUUUGAUUUUUUUUUAAAAAGCUCAGGACUGAGAGACUCAUUUAUAUAUAGUUAUUAUAUGGAAAUAUGUUGGGGAAUGAUUUUUAAUCUUACUACAUCUAUUUUCUUUUAAGCACAAAAGAUUUUUAACAGGAAACAAAGUGGCAGCGAGGCAAAACCCAAUGCAAGUAAGAGUAGGGUUGAUGAGAGCAAGUAGAGAACUGUCCUCUGCCAUUCCUGGACAAUCAGAAACAAAAACAGACUGUAAAUCAGCCGCAUUGAUUUUUAAUACACUAUCCAGUAUUAUUAUGGGUGAUCUGAAGCUGGCCCAGUAUACUGGUUUAAUUUUGCAGCUGUUGCAUCUCACCCCUUGAAAUCCUCUUCCUCAAAAUGCCAAAAUUCAGGAAGUUAAGAAGAUAGACUGGGAAAAAGAAGACAGCAGGGCAGUGUUAAGAAUAUAAAAUUAUCUCCUUCCUUUCCUAAGUACUUAGCUAUGAUUACAUGCAUGCAAUUCCAGCGUUAUUGUUUGGAUAAUUCUUUCACUCUUACUAGCUGAUUUUAAAAUGAACAUUUGUUAUUGAAGCAUUUUUUUACUUCAACACUGCACUGAGUUAGAAGGAACUGUAUGUCAGUAUGAAACUGUUAUUGUAUUGUCUUGGUGAUAGAGAUUCUCGUAUAUUGAUGGAUUAAGGAUUCUUAAAUUUGGAGUGUUAAACUGUAAAUUGCUAAUCCUUAAAUGUGAAUGUUAUCACUAUGUUCCCACAAAUCUUAUUUAAUUUGUUGGUGCCAAUGUAUUAUAAAAUGCAAACAAACCCUA